CUGUUUAGAUAGACGAAUGGUUGUGCAGGAAGUAGUUUUAACACGAUUUGGUUACGAGCUCUGAUGUACGUAUGUGUUCAGUUUGAGUAGUCAUUUUAGUUCGGGUUGCUUUGUGUGCAGAUAUAAUACGACCCGAGGAGGUAAACAGACACCACCGGAGCUUAUUGUGCUGGAGCGGGCGUCUGGCGCCAUGUACCGAGGUUCAAGGCCGCACCGAGGUUCAUAUCCUCCUGCAUCGUCUCGGGGUUUUUCUCCUCGCGCACCACCUCCUGCGGGCUCGUUCUCCAGCGCCCCGUACCGUAAUGAGCACGCGCGAGAAAGCACCGGCUACCAACAUGGCUACCGUCGGCACCCGGAGCAUCCAAGGAGGCGCUAUUCAUCACCGGGAAGAGUGUCGGAAGACUUCAGAGGCGAUGGGCCUCCCCCUAGAGACUACGGCCAUAGAUUUACCCCUUCACCCCCACAUGGUGGUCUGCCUACUGACCACAGUCUUGUUAUAACUGUGGGUAACGAGUUGACUGGUUUAUCCCAGAGCACAGGAGCAGAGAUUCAAUACGCCAGAGAUUAUUCUCCACAACGGUCAAGCUAUGAGGGUCACAGUGAACAUGGUUCAAGAAGGCACAGUCAGAGCCAUUGUAGGAGCAGGGGCUGGAGCCGCUCUCCAGACAGGAUUCGCAGCAGGAGUCGACCUCGCAGCAGGAGCCGUAGUCGUGCAGGGAGCCGUAGUCGUGCGGUGAGCCGCAGCCGGGCGCUGAGUCGAGGACGUAGCAGGCCACGUAGCAGGAGUAGGAGUAGGUCACGGAGCAGGGGAAGGAGUAGAGCACGGAGCAGGGCACGGAGCAAGAGCAGACCAUGCAGCAGAAGCCACAGCAGGAGCAGGGGAAGGAGCAGGGGCCGGAGCUGGAGCAGGGGAAGGAGCAGGGGCAGGAGCAAGGGUAGGAGCCGGAGCUGCAGUGGUAGCAGCAGCAGUAGCUGUAGCAACAACAGCAGAGACAUUAAGAGAAAUAAGGAAGACUUUAGAGAGCUAGAGAGGGCCCGUCGACGUAAAGAACUGGAGGACAUGCUAUCGAUGCCUACUAAAUCCAUCUUGAAAAAGAGAGUUGACUCCUCUGAAACAGAUUCUCCAAUGAUAACACAGAGUACAGACUCUCCACAAGGGAAUUCGGGCAGUGGUCUUUCAAAGAAUGCAGAACAGAUAUUAUGUGCAGUGACUAAAAACAUGGACCCCGACUUGCUGGCAUCAGUGUUGGCUCAAAAUUCUAAUGUCAGUGCACUUGAAGAGCUCAUAAGCAAACUACAGCCAACUAAAGAGAGUGGGCAUGGGUUCCCUCUCCCUCAUGAAAACAGCAGCCAGGAGCAUACAGACUUUACUCAGCUACUAAGUGUGAUGGCAGAGGCAGUAACCCAAGCACCAGACAAAAAGAAAAGCUUUACAGAUAUUGAAGAUGAAGAGAAGUUCCUGUAUGGGGAUGAAGAAGAGGAAGUCAAAUUACCAGCAAAAGAUAUGUCUAAAUCUGGACAGUGUAGUUUAUUGGAUGUCUAUGAGAAAACUGGACCUGAUGUGCUGUAUCAUGAACCAAAGCCUUCAGUUGUACAUGAUCUACAUCGGAAAGAUUAUGGGCAUUCUUUUAGUCACGGGCAUCCUGAAAAAGACGAAAGUCAAAUAACUAAACAAAGCAAGUAUCGGGAUAAAUGCUAUUCUUCAGCCACAGCCGGGCAGCAUCUUGAUAGUGACCCUCACAGUAGCCCACCAGCAACCGGGACUCAUGAUGCUCAAGUUAGGGCAGAAGUGGAGGAAUAUGAGAAAAUACAAGAUCUCCUUAAAACUAUUGGCCUUGACCUGGGGGUAGCUGAGAUCAGCAAGAUGGCUGCCAGGACGCAAGAGCGCCUCCAAGGUAAGAAUCCUGGUAAGAAGUCGACUGUCAAAAGACAGCAGUCUGAUCACAGGCGCAGGAGCUACAGCAGAAGUUCCAGUAGUAACAGCCAGAGUAGGAGUAGAAGCAAGGGAAGCAGCUGCAGCAGGAGAAGCAGUCGGAGCAGCAGCUAUGAGCGCACCUCAAGUCGUGACAGAAAGAAAUCCAUUCCAUCACGAUCAAACAGCCAGAGUCAGAGGGAGGUUCGCCCUGGCACUAAAGCAGAAGAGAACCCGUGGCAUAAUACAGGUCCCCCUCCUCCUGAAGUUGUGAAACCUGAAACAAAUAAUUUCCCAGCUCACCCUGCCCAUCAGAUGCCUCCCUAUCCGCAGCCACACACACGUGCAGUUAUGCCUCCCAACUACCCUCCACCUGGCUAUGAUCCUUAUGGGAACUACAUGCCAUAUAUGCCCCAAGGCUGGCCCAUGUACCCACCUCCUAGUUUGACAAUGCCUCCUCAAAAUCCCAUGAAUGACUACAGUUCCCCUGCCGUAGACCGGCGCUUCUUGAAAGUAAUCAAUACGGUCUCAAAUGAAACACAAGAGAUGGAUAAAAAAGGCCCAAAGGUAGACCCGCUACAGAGCAUGACAAUUGCCUGCAGUGGAAACCAGAGGAGAGUAAUUGAAGAAAAGAAUAAUGCCAAACAAAAGCAAAAGGUUACUGAAGAGCUUGAAAAGCUGAAGAAGGACAGAGAAUCCCGAAUGAAGAAAAAAGAUAGUCUAUUGAAAGAGUUGGAGAAACUGCGAAAGCAGCAAGGGGAGCUCCUAAGGAAAAAGCGAAGAGAGAAAGAUGGUCACAAGGAUCCCAUCCUUAUGGAGCUUGGUCGUCUUCAAGAGGAUGUGAUGGCCCAGAUAUCCAGUCUGCGCACUGAACACGAAGCAGCAGAGAAGAAGUAUGAAGAACUAGUGAAAGUGGCAACAAUCCUGGGGCUGGACCACAAAAACCUUCAGAGCUCUGUGGAACAUGAGCACGGACCUUCACGUAGCAAGUCCAAAAGUCCAGAGAAAUCUAAAUCUGCCUCCAUCACGUCAGACACGCAGGCUACCAAGUCAUCAGCGCCGGAAUCCGGCACAAGAUCGGAUUCAUUAGCUGAGAUAUUUGAGUACUACGAUGCAGGAAACCACUGGUGCAAAAACUGCAACAUUACUAGUGGUUCCAUGUUUGAUUUUUUUACACACUUGCACAGCAAAAUGCACAGAAAGACUUUGGAUCCCUAUAUCAGACCUUGGGCUUCAAAUUCUGAGCAUGAGAAGAACAACCCUACAGGCGAACUUAUUUCUAAACCAGCAAAAGGUUCUGAAUUUGUGUUGCCUGUGCGAGGAUUUUUCUGCCAGUUGUGUAAAGCUUUUUUUGGAGAUCCUAUUUGUGCAGAGGCCCAUGUUACAUGCCAUGUGCACAAUGAGAAGUACAAGAAACAAAUGUACGAGAACCCACUGUAUGAACAGCGGAGGAACCUCGAUCGCCAAGCUGGCAUGGAGAGUGAAAAAAAGCAAACUGAUCACAAACGAAAGCAUGAAGAUGAUGACUCUGAGGAUGAGAAGAAAAACUCCAAGUCCAGCAAAGAUCAAGUGAAAAAGCCCAAAUGCAAGAAUGAAGAUGAGACUACACCCAAACACAUCAAGGAAGAGGAACGAAAAGUAAAAUACAUCAAAGAGGAAGAGCAUAAACCUAAAUGUAAGAAAGAGGAGGUUGAGAGGACCAAAUGUAGAAAAGAAGAGGAGGAAAUGGCUAGGUAUACAAAAGAGGAAGGGGAGCGAAACAAGUUUAGAAAGGAAGAGGAAGAGCGGUACAGACAAAGGAAAGGGGACGAGGAGAGAUACAGGUCUGAAGAAGACAAAUACCGAUACAGGGAAGAAAAUCAGUACAAGUACAGAGACGAUAAUGAGAAAUAUCGUUACAGGAAUGAGGAUGAGAGAUCUAGGUAUCGGAAAGGGGAUGACAAGAAAUACAAACAUGGACAUGAAACUGAGGAAGACAGGAGACAAAAAUACAGGGAGGAAGAGGCUUUAAAAAUAGCAAAAUCAAAAUGGGAGGAAGAGGAGGAAGAGGAGAGGCAAAGAUAUGGAAAAAAGGAGGAUAAAAAGCAACACCAAAAAGGAGGCCACAGAGAUGAAAAAGAGAAGUCCUCUUUUAAAGAUGCCAAGAUCGACCCUGAGAAGCCUAGUGAGGCUCCCAAGGUUUUUUGUGGGCCGAGCCCAGCCAUGUUGGCGAAACUUCGCAAAAAGAAUGAGGAGGCCACUACACGUGCUGUCUUUGGAAAAUUCACUUGGAAAAAGCCUGAAAAGUCUGCACUGGAGAAGGAAGCUGAGAAAAUUGCAGCACAAUUUAUAAAGGAAGAUGAGGAGAGUGCUGUAACUAAAGGAGCAAGUAAAGACUCUGAUGAUCAGGAUCCCUUUUCCAAGUCUGUAGCUGCUGCUAAGAGUAUUGCUAUCAAACUGCUGGGUAAAACAUCUGUCACCCCUUCCCAAGAGUGGGUAGCCUAUAAUCAGGUCAAAAUUCGGCCUAAUUUACCCACCCCUUCUAAUAUUCAGAGGAAGUCUAAUGUUGGGCAAAACAAACCUAUUUCUGCUGACACACCCUCCAUAGCUGAACCAGCCAUGGAUGAAAGCAGCAAAUCUGAAACUGUGAUAAAACAACAAGCAGAGAAAGAAGACUUUCUGCCAGCUGAACUAAGCUCUAAGGCAUUUGGUGGUGAGGAAGUGAAAUUGGAAAUUGCAGCUCAGAACUCAUCCAGCAUUACAUCUGCAUCUGUCUCCAUACCAACUACUUUAACUGUCACAACUCCGUUAGCCACAGUGAAGGAGGUUAAGACCGUCGAGGUAAAAGCUCCUAAUGAACGCAUGAUUACUCUCGAGUCUGAUGUAGCUGCUCCCGGAGUACCAGAGGAGGAACACAAACUGACGGUCAUGGUCCGUCCUCCUCCUCAACUUCAGACUUUCGGUGGUUACGCUUCCAAAACAGUCAAGCCAAAUACAAGUCUAGCAGCAGCAAAAGCAAAAGACUUAUUUGACAUUUUCUAUGGCAGCAGCACUAUGGCAAGCAGAGUUUCUAGUACUGGCAGUAAAGUUGGCUGUAAAAAAGGCUCAAAAUCUGAUUCUGGAAGUUUGAUAACCACUCUAAAUAAAAAAUCAACAAAGGAGCAGGAUCCAAACAGUAAACACUUAGAUGACGUCUCCAACUUGAAGUGUGAGGAGCCAUCGGCAAACAGAGGAGCACGGGCUGAACAACCACCUUUUGAUCUCGAAGUAGAUCCACUUGUAGACUCAAAAGCAGAAGAGCACUGUGGAAGAUUGGAAAUGGCAACAGUUGAUUGCAAGAACGAAGUCGAUUCUCUAGACUGUUUAGCCAAUUCAGAAAUCAUGGAGAACAUUGAGAUGAUGGAAUCAAACGAUAACCAAAAUCCUCUGGACACCGAAGAGGCGAUGACACUUUCAUUCUCUCCACCACCAGGUUCUUUUACAGAGCAGCUGAACUUGGACACAUUUGAGUUCAGUUUUGACUCUUUAUAAAGAACCUCCAUCCAGUAGGUUUAGGAUGUGCAUGAAACCUACAAAUCAUUUCAGUAACAUUGAUCUGAAAACUUUUUCUUUAUAAUAUACAUUUUUGAGAUGUUUCAUGUAUCUUCUUAAACUCUUUGGCAGGUAAUGCCAGUGAAAUGAUGGACUGACAAGCACUCAUUCUGAAGGAAAGGAGAUUCCACUGAAAGAAUGAGCACUUUCUCACCAAGUAAUGAAUUAUUAGCAUAUGUAAAAUGUUGCACAGUUUUUGUUCAAGUACAGGGUUUUGAACUCCCUGCUUUUUUUCUCGCUUUGUUCGCAGCUGAAACGGUUCCUUAAAAAAAAAAAAACAAAAAAAAAAACAAAGGUAAUGUAGACCGUCAUUUUAUAUCAUCUGUUUGAGAGUGAAAUAAGUUCACGUCUAAACCCAUCAAUCCUUCCACUUAAGUAAAUCAAAGAUAUUUUAAUACAGGAGCCAGAGUGAUCCAGGGUCAGAAGAGAAAAAGAAUUGGUGUGGAGCUCGAGCUACAACGACAAAAAAAGUCUUGAAAUGCAUUUGUGCUUUUGAGUCCGGCAUAAGCAGCUUUCUCUUUACAGCUCUUCUAGGAAUUGACACAAAUCUGCGAUUAUGAUUCUAUGCCUUGUUAAGUUGAAAUUCUGUACACUGUUUCUAUAUUACUGUUGGUUGUGUUGUAGUUUCUGGUGUAUAAGGUCUAGUUCAAAUAAAUUUCAAUGACCUCC